CCAAAGUGUUGUUUACCAACUCACCCAAAAAAAAAAAAAAAAAAAAAAAAGUAAAAUCUCUCACUACUCACACUCUUCACUUUCGCUUUCAUACUCAAAAACCCACCAAAGAUCCCUACAUUUUCCUUCACUUUCCCUUCACUUUCUCUUUCAUUUUCUCUCCGCCCACAAAACCCCAGAAUGCCUAUCAACGGCAAUUCCACUCCCCCGCCGGUGAUCGGCAAGAUUGGACCCUACACCGUCUUCAUGACCCCACCUUCUACCCCGAAGCCUGCUGCCCAGCCUGUCUUCGAUUCCCCUAAGAAAGUUGUACCGCCUCCUGUUCAGCCUCCUCCUCAGCAAUUCGAUAAGUCCAUUGCUGUUUCGGAUUCUGUAGCUGAUGGGUCUGUUUUGGGAUUUUUCAAGAAUGCUGUCAAUAAGGUUCAGAAUGCACACUCAAGUCUUGAUGACCAUCUGGCUCGCUGGUUUGGAUUAAAUCAGUCAAAGUAUCAGUGGGCACUGGAUGACUAUUAUGAGAGCAAGGGAUUGGGAGGAGAGGGGGAGAUAAUGGUGUAGGAGCUGCGGGUUCAGGGUUGGGUAGUGGGUGGGAAGAGUAGUUUGACACACAGCUGGAACAGUAGUUUACCUAAAAUGAUGUACUGUAAUAAUGUGGCUGCAUCAUACUUAAAUUGUAAAAAAGAUUUGUGAACAACAGUGAGAAUCUAAUAAUAACAUUCUUAUGUUUGUUUUUCUCAUUUAAAUGAGGAAAGCUUAAAAGUGAUCAUUUGCAAUUGAAUACUUGAUAUCUACUUUUCCUAUGUUGUGGUGAAUCUGAAGCAACAUAUUUUUUUAGGGGGUUGGUAUAUAGAACAGAGUUCUUAAUUGUGCCUGCCAUGAGGCUAAAUCUUACAUUAGAAGCUAAGCUUCAGAUUUAUAAGAGAUUCUAUGUGGAUUUCUUGAUGUGACUAAGGAAGAAAUAUUAGGAUCUAUGAGUAUUAUGUUGUAAAUUCUUCAAUGUUCUAAAAUAAUUAAUUAUGUCUUAUUAGGCUGCAUCUUUUUCGUUAUGACUUAUGAGUGAAGCACAAUUCUGAGAUGGUGAGUUUUGUUUUGGGCCCUGAUUCCAGGCUUGAAGCCAAGUUUAGGGUGAAACAGUUCCAGGCUUGAGUUCUAUAUGUUUAUUUUAUUUCCAUUUCAUUUGUGAACCAUUUGGAUCUGUUUAUAUGAUUUCUCCUUUCAAGGGAUAACUAAAUUUUUGAAUUAACUGCUACCUUUUUU